UUGCAGAAUUUUAUUUCACAAAAGUGUGUAUAUUUUGGAGGAACUACUUUAGCAGCUGCAGCGUCACUUGCUCUUACCGAUAAGGAUCUCAAGAAGCAACCUUUAUGGUAUCAGACUGCUGUACGUAAAUUGUCAUUUGCAAUAAAAUAUACGAAUCGGAAAGGUUUUUUGGAUGAUGUAAUACUGCUAGAAAAUCUUCGUGAAAAACUAGCACCGUACUCAGAUUCAACAAAUGCUGAUAUUUUAUGGCGAUACGCUAGAGUAUUACUUGAAAUUGGCUUAUGGACAUCGAGUGCUGAUAAAAAUCGAAUGAAAACUUUUCUUGAGGCAGAAAAAAUGGCCGAAAAAGCUGUCCAGUAUGAAAACCCACAUGAUCCGAAUGCUGACAUUCACAAGUGGUAUGGAAUAAUACUCGUGAAAUUGACGGAUUUUCGAUCGAGUAAGAAACUAGAUGAAGCAAAAAAGCAUCUUGAAAGAGCAAUUCAAUUGGAUCCUAAGGACGCUAGGUCAUGGGAGUAUCUUGGUUUGUACUUUAUUCCCAUUUGUAUUAUUAGUCACGAAUGUUUGCAUUACUGA